AUGUACAUCACCCUCUACUACAUAGUCACCCGGCUCCCUGACUCCCUUCGGUCAGUCACGGACCACUUCCUCUCAAUUUGCCCCACCACUCUCACCGUUGACCUCCUCGAGGAGCGCCUCCUGGCAGCUGAGAAGAGUAUAGUCGCUGUAGGAGCCUCUCGAGGUGACCCUCGUGCCCCUGUCUUUGAGGGGUGCUCCCCCUCCCCCCAUUUGCCCUCUCUUGCCUCUGUUGCUGCCGUCGACUUCAUUGGCACCGAGUCGGUCGGCGCUGCGUCUGCCCCUAGCAGGCUUUGGUGGUGGUCAGCGCAAGCAGCAGCAGCGCACUCGGGCCCACACCCCACCCAGCGCUGCUUCGGCCGCCUGACGGACGCGUGGCGUCUCCAAUUCCCUGACGCCACAAAGAUCCCUCGCUGGGGAGAGCUGCAGAGGUCGGGGGUUGCUAUCUUCGAUCUUGAUUAUGAUGCUAUUCUUGCUGCCAUGUAUGCUGUGUCUACUAGUGAUGAGGGUGACUGCUACCUGUGUGUUCCGCCUGACCCGGGCAUUGAGGCUGCUGCUCUAGGUGCGGGUGAGGCUGCUGCUCUAGGUGCUAGUGCGUCUGCUGCCCCAGGUGCUGGUGAGUCUGCUCUCUCAGGUACCACGUCGGCUCAGGCCUUACACACCUUCACCCUUGACUCGGGUGCUUCUCGCUCCUACUUUCGAGACCGCACCACGCUUACGCCGCUUAGUCGGCCGGUUGCGGUCUCCCAAGCGGACCCCUCUGGGGGUCCUGUCCUUGCUCACUUCUCCACUGUGUUACCGUGUCCGGCAGUCCCCUCUGGCACCCUGUCAGGUCUCUACCUCCCCUCGUUCUCUACGAACUUGGUGAGUGGUGCUGAUCUACAGGAUGGGGGGGUUGACCAGUUCACUCCUGCGAGUCAGCGGGUGACCCACUGUACGUGUGCUGGGACGGGCCGACACUUGGCCACGUUUACCCGUCGGCCGGGGUCGAGCCUGUGUCUCCUGUGGCACCACCGCCUUGGUCACCCCUCCCUGCCUCGUCUCCGAGGCAUGGCCUCCCGUGUCCUUGUCUCUGGUCUCCCCCGGUCUCUUUCUCCCCUCCCUCCGGGGCCUGCCCCUACCUGCAUUCCCUGCGUCGAGGGGCGGCAGCGCGCCGCCCCUCACUCCUCCGAGUUUCCUCCGACAGAGGCUCCGCUGCAGACUCUUCACAUGGACGUGUGGGGCCCCGCCCGCGUCCGUGGCCAGGGUCAAGAGCGUUACUUCCUGUUGGUGGUUGACGACUACUCGCGUUACACCACGGUGUUCCCCUUGCACAGCAAGGGUGUCGUCACUAAGACCUUCAUGCUUCCGGCCUCUCCACAGCAAAAUGGGAUUGCUGAGCGCCGCACUGGCAUGGUCAUGGACGUCGCUCGUACGUCCAUGAUCCAUGCGGCUGCUCCCCAUUUUCUGUGGCCGUUUGCGGUUCGGUACGCAGCUCUUCAGAUCAACCUUCAGCCCCGGGUCUCCUUGCCGGAGACCUCCCCCACCUUACGGUGGACGGGGAAGGUUAGCGAUGCGUCUGCGUUUCGUGUCUGGGGAUCUCGAGCUUGGCAGUUUUACCACCCCACCUCGCGCCAUGUUCCGUCCCCCCAGGACGUCACGUUUUAUGAGUCGGUUCCUUACUACCGACUCUUCCCCUACCGCACUGCACCCCUCCCCCCGCCGCCGCUCUUUCUUACGCCAGGUCCCCCCCUGGUAGACCCCCUCCCCCCUCUGGGUCCUGCCCCGUCAGGUGUGUCCCAGGUAGACGCAGUCGAGCCUGUCGAGAGUUUGGGGGUGCUGGGCGUGGGGGUGCGGAGCCUGGGGGUGCUGAGCCUGGGGGUGCCGAGCCUGGGGGUACGAAGCCUGGGGGUGCUGAGCCUUGGGGAGCGGAGCCUGAGGGUGCUGGGUCUGCUCGUGUGGCCUCUGGCGGUGCUGGGUUUGGGGUCCCUUCGGGUGCUUCGUCGAGGCGGGAGCUACCCUCUCCACAGGAGCAGCGCGAGUAGUUUGCCCGGCGCUGGAGCCGUGCUGCUGGAGCUGGAGGUGCUGCUGUUACUGCUGACCCUGGGGUCGGCACCGGAGUUACAGGAACCACUGGUCCUGGAGGUUUUCGUACCGGCGGUACUGGAGCUGCUGGGCCUGGGGGUGCUGUUGAGGCUGCUAGAGCUGAUGGUCCUGCUGGAGUUGGUGCUGCUGGAGCUGGAUCUGCUGGGGGUGUUGGCACUGGAGGUGAUACUGGCACUAGUGCUUCUGAGGGUGCUGAAGUUGGCGCUGUUGGAGCUGGAGGUACUGCUAGCGUUGGUGCUGUCGCUGGGGGUACUGGUGCUGUCCCUGCUGGUUCUCGAGGCGCUGCGCGGCCGCGGCUGCACACACCAGAUGGCACUGCGUUCUUCCACUGCUCCUCUGCGUGUCCCUUUGCCUUCUCCUCCUGAGUCCUCUCUUCCUGUCCUUGCUGACCCGGAGUCUGACUCUCGUCUUGCUGCUAGUCCUUCUGUCACGCGUCUCCUGGCUAGUGUUGUCACUGACCCUUCCUUUGAGUCCACUGCUGUGUCUGCCUUAGUUGCUGAGCUUGUCGACUUUGCUACUCGCUAUCGUCAAGACUAUGCUGCUAGUCUUGUUGCUGAGUCGGAGUCUGUGUGUCCUCCGUCCGUCGGGGGUGAGUGUGCUCUUAGCACGGACGUCCUUGAGGACAGGCAGGAGGAGUUCUAG